AUGGAGGUAGGCCCCAGCCAUGUGGCUUCAUCCCCCAUGAACCGGCGGGUCCGGGGUUCAGGAAAUCGACGGCCAGGGACCAAGGCGCCCCCACCCCCGGCCCGGCUCUGCACCCCGCACCCCAAAAUGCUGCCGGUGCAGCUUCGAAGCUGGAUGCUGGCGGCUCUGUCCCUGCUCGCGCUUCUGCUGCUUUUCGCCGACAUCUCGGAGAUCCAGGAGGAGAUGGGGAAUUCUGGAGGCAGGGGGACAAUCAGAUCAGCUGUGAACAGCUUCAGUAGCAAAGCUAAUAGGCCCGAAGCUGCACUGAACAGCUCCUCGGCGCCCCCCAUCGCCGACAGGAGUAACGACAGCAUGAAGCAGGGCGUCCAGCCGGCAGUUGCCAAGUGGAAACACAACCAAACAGUCUCCCUGAGGAUCAGGAAGCAGAUCCUCAAGUUCUUGGAUGCAGAGAAGGACAUCUCUGUCCUCAAGGGUACCCUGAAGCCCGGCGACAUCAUUCAUUACAUCUUCGACAGAGACAGCACCAUGAAUGUGUCACAGAACCUCUAUGAGCUGCUGCCCAGAACUUCACCGCUGAAGAAUAAGCACUUUCCCUCCUGUGCCAUCGUGGGGAACUCGGGGGUCCUGCUCAACAGUGGCUGUGGCCCUGAGAUCGACACGCACAGCUUUGUCAUCAGGUGCAACCUGGCGCCGGUGCAGGAGUACGCGCGCGACGUGGGGCUGCGCACGGACCUGGUGACCAUGAACCCGUCGGUGGUGCAGCGCGCCUUCGAGGACCUGGUCAACGCCACGUGGCGCGAGAAGCUGCUGCAGCGGCUGCGCGGCCUCAACGGCAGCAUCCUGUGGAUCCCCGCCUUCAUGGCGCGCGGCGGCCGCGAGCGCGUCGAGUGGGUCAACGCGCUCAUCCUGCGCCACCGCGUGCCCGUGCGUACCGCCUUCCCCUCGCUGCGCCUGCUGCACGCCGCCCGCGGCUACUGGCUGACCAACAAGGUCCACAUCAAACGCCCCACCACGGGCCUCCUGAUGUACACUCUGGCCACGCGCUUCUGCAACCAGAUCCACCUCUAUGGCUUCUGGCCCUUCCCGCGGGACCAGAACCAAAACCCCGUCAAGUACCACUAUUACGACAGCCUCAAGUAUGGCUACACGUCCCAGGCCAGCCCGCACACCAUGCCGCUGGAGUUCAAGGCCCUCAAGAGCCUGCACGACCAGGGCGCCUUGAAACUGACCGUGGGCCAGUGUGACGGGGCCACGUAAGCACCCCCCCCCACUAGGCCGACUUCGUGGCUCAUGUUUUCUGCCAGCUCCACCAUCAGGCAGAUGAGAAUCGGG